AUGCACGUGUACAUGCAGCCGGCAGUCCCUUGGCUCGGAGAACACCUCAAGUCCUUCAUCCGGAAACAUGUGCCCGAUGCAGUCUUCAUCGAUGACUUUGACAACUUCCCCUCUGAUGCACAGACGGUCUUCCAGUAUUGUGAUGGAUGGGCUCUAAACCGGAACUUUGCCGUGCUGAAUACAGCAAAGUCGGCCCUCAUCAAUGCCUACCCCAACAGCGAUGCCCUGGCUCGCAAGGACUACCUCUCCAAAGUCAUUGAGUUCUGGGCGGCAAAGAGGGCAGGCAGUAUCUUAAGGACCAAUGUGCCCCUUACGGUCCGCUUGUCCCUCGACUAUGCCGAAUAUGUCGACGAGGCCCUCACUGCUGCGGAUGACCUCACGCUGCUGUCCUCGCUGGAGGAAAAUGAGCUCAAGCCUGUCAAGGAUCGCGAGUGGUGGAUACUGAAGCCCGCGCUGGUGGACUGCGGCGCCGGCAUCCGCCUCUUCAGUACCGUGGAUGAGCUCGCGAGCUGUCUCGAACUUGCCGAGUAUGAGAUCGACGAGGAUGAAGAGAGUGACCUUAGUGAUGAGGUUAUGGAAACCAGCGGAAAACCUGCCAACGGCGUGGAAGACGCAAAUCCUAGUGAUUUCUCACCGACUCUCACGAUCCCUGGUCUGAACUCUCUGGAUGCUCUUGUCACAGCCACUGGAGCGAUGUCACUCGAUGCGGCCAAGAAUGGUAUCCAAAGAACUCCCAAGCCGCAAUAUGUCUUCAAGGAAGGAGGCAGAAUCCCGUCAGCCCAGAUACGGGAGUUUGUCGCGCAGAGAUACAUCAUCUCUAUCCCGCCAAUGGAGAAGAGGAAGUGGCACACGCGAGCUUACGUUCUAUCCAUGGGACGCCUCAAGGUCUACGUCUUCAAGGAAAUGCUUGCCCUGUUAGCCGGGGAGGACUAUGAGCCGCCUUGGCUGAACCCCAGUCUCAAGUCCUCUCUGACCAAUACGGCACUACAAGACGAGGAUGUCUUCGUGAACAAGGAGUCCAUGAGAGACUUCUGGGCAGCCCCUAACGACUUGCUUCCAGGCGACUGGAAGGCUAGUGUGUUUGACCAGGUCUGCAGCAUCUCAGCCGAGCUGUUUCGCGCAGCUGCUCAUACCAUGGCUGACAAGUUCACCACGGUGAACAAAUGUUUUGAACUGUUUGCUGUGGACUUUCUCAUAGACACAAACGGGACUGCAUGGCUGCUGGAGGUGAAUGAGACACCUGCCUUUUACGAUGUCGGGAUCGCCGGCCCAUUGGCCUUGCGGCUCAUGGAAUCGGUUAUCUGCCUCUCCAUGGAGCACAUGGGUCAGAUCAACCCAGACGUGAAGGAGAAUGACCACGUGAAAAAGAGGAUGGUUCUGGUUCUGGAUGAAAGAGAUAAACUAGCAAAGAGCAACAUUACGGAAAUUCUCCCUGAAGACUAG